AACGCGGCUGAGACGUACGCUUCGGCUUCGGUGGAUGGCGGUGCUGAGCUGAGCGCUGAAGACGUGUCCGGGUCCCAGCACAGCUUAUUCCCACCCCCUGAACGAGCCCACCUCGACGUGGUCAUGCUCAGUAGUCGCCCGCCAAGAAAGCGGUUAUGCAAUAUAGCAGCAGAGGAUCGACGGGGGAUCUCCCAUCCUCCAGGGGGGGAUUCUCCCUAUUCCGACCGACCACUCCUCUCCGUCCCCCCGUCUCCUUCAUCCCACUUGCCCAGGUAUUUGAAAUGUUUCUUGGCGGCCUUGGCCGGUCACCAACUCAACGCGGAUCGGCCAGCAAUCAGUCGCACUGGGCAGGCAAGGAGGAGGAAUGUGAGGACGGACGGUGGAGGGCGGACAGGUCGGUCGCUGCUGCGCCGGAGUUCGGGAAACACCGGGCACCGACUGCGUUCCCUCCACCGCGAACCGCAGUCGUUCAUAAUUUGGCUGUGAAGAUCUUGGCAGCCAGUCGCCGUCGCACCGGGGGCGAAGUCACAGGACGUUGCCAAGCACUGUCGUGGAAUGCGACCGUCGUCGUCGAGAGGAGGAAGAUGAGCACUGAGCAAGGGGCAGUCGAACGGGGGACCACCUCGGUUUUUCAACUCCGCCUCUCAGCUGAAGGUUCCCCCCAGCCUGAUCGCUGCAUGGGGUGAAUGGGAUAUGCCUUGGCGACCUUGGCGGCCCUCUUGGCCGUCUCAGUCGGAAUCAAGACGUCGUGAGGUCAUCCGUCCAAGAUUUCGGGUGAUCCGCUGUGCUUCCCCAAACCCCCGGAUGGCAUGUCGAUCAUGCGCUCGCUGCUGAAGACAUUGCCAUCCCUUGGGAGAUUCCGGAGGCUGUGUUGGAUGUUGGCAUUGACACAUUCUAGACGCUUACCUACCACGGUAGGAUUCUGACGUGCAGUCGGCCCGUCCUGAAUAUGCUGGUCUCUGCACUCA